UAUGAGUCAUCACAUACCCUAAAAUCCAUUAAUCAAAUAACUUUGUUCAAAUCAUCCAACAGAAUAAUUUACCAAUUUUUGUUAAAAUCCAGAAUGUUUAAAACCUUUGUGUCCAGAAUGCAUUGAAUCUCAUACAAAAUAUCAUCAACAAGUUUAGACAAGUGCAGAUAUUGAUAGCUUUAAAAAUGUUAAAUAGCAAUGUUUAAAGAAAAUUAGUACUGGAAUUCAAGAGAUAUAAAAAAUUAUUUAAGAUGCCGACUAAUAUGGAUUGAAUGAUAAUGAUGAUUAAACAAUUAAAGAAAUUCGAAAAGGCAAGGAAAUAGCAAUUACUUUAGUAACCUAACAUUUUUACUCUUUAGAGGAAUAAUAUAAGUCAUAUUUAGAAUAAUAAUCCAAUUCUUUAUAAACAUUUAAUCAAUUAUAAGAAAGCAUUAAAAAUACAAUGAAUGAGUUAGAACAUUUAAAUGUUGGUUUAGAAAGCUCAAAUUUAAUUCAAUUCAUUAAGAAAAUCUGCACAAUGGAUUUAAAGAAAACUUUAUUAAAAUACAAAAAAACAAUGAAAAACUUAUAAAAUAAAUCGACAACAUAAUAAAUAAUGGUUUAAUUAAAUUAAGCCAAUUUAUAGCAUGUAUAAUCAGCUUUAAAUAAUUAUGCAAAAUUAGAUUUUAUUCCAUUAUAAAAUACUAAUUUCCUUAGCUAAAGCCAUGUUUCAUAAUAUUAAGAAACCUAUCUAUAAUAAAAUGAGUACUUUAGAGGGAAAUAUAAAUUACUCCACUUUUUUGAAACUGGAAAAUCAACCUUAUGGUUAUAUGAUUUAAGUUUGCCAGAAUAAAUUUGGAGACCUGUACAAAUAUCAAAUUACGUUGAAGUUUUACCUUAUUCUAAGUCAAUUAUGACACCUGAUGGUUAAAUUUAUUUAACUGGAGGAUCCCUUCCAAAUAAUAAAAAAAGUGGAAAGAUUUAUUAAUUUAAUUUUUCCAAUUAUUAAUUAUAGGAAGUAGGAUAAUUGACUUAUGGGAGAAGUUCUCAUGGAUUAACAUGGAAAAAUAAUGAAUUAUAUUUAAUUGGUGGUUAUUUAGACAAUUUAAUAAUAUCAUAAAAUUGUGAAGUGUUUGAUUGUAUUAACAGAAGAACAAGACGUUUGCCAAACUUAACUAAUGCAAUAGCAUCUCCAAGUGUUUGUGUUUUUAAUGAUACUAUUACAGUAUCAGGAGGAUUAAGUAAAAAUAUUUAAUAUAAUUCUAGUUCAAAAUUUGAAAAUUAAUCAAUAAAUUGAAUUUUUAAUGAUUGAUAGAUGGGUUCCUUGUACAAUUACAUCUUAAUUACACUUAGCUUCAAUGAUGUGCUCAAUUUAAAUUGAUUAAAAUUAAUUAAUGAUUUUUGGAGGGUAUUAUGAAAAUAAUAAGGGUUCAAAAGAAUGUAUGAUAUUAGAAAUAAAUGAAACAACAGCUAAAGUUGUAGAAGCUAAAUAACUUCCAUAAGCUGAAGGUUUUUGGAAUAAUACUCCUAUGAUUUAUUAAGGUAGAAUAUGGGCAUUGUAAAAUGUUGUUUAAGAUAUUCAUGGAAAUUGUUCAUAGGAUUAAAGAAGAAUAUUGAUAUUUGAUGGGUAAAAUUGGAAAUCAACCUGA